AUGAUAAAAGAUGAACAAACAACUGUACCAUUAAAUCCGUUAAGUAAUGAUUCGGAAGACAAAGACAUAGUGAAGAAUUCUUACAAACGACCAUGGAUAGCAGAUAAUCGAAUACCUCCUAGAAGGGUACAGAAAACUAAUAUUUCAAAAUUAAGAAGUAGGCUAUUUGCUUACAAUCAAAGAAGUUGUUCUAUAUCUCUAGCUACAGCUGUUGGGAGCUUUAGGUUUAUACAUGUAUGGGCUAAAUUACUAGCCUUUAUAUUUUCUUCAGCUUUAAUGAUGUGGUCCUCAUAUUGUACAUUAUUAUAUUCUAAUAUUCGAGAUAUUAUUUUUUAUAUAUCAGUCUCAAGUUUACUUUUGUCUAUAUUGUGCUGUAUUAUUGUAUUUCUGUCAUGUAUAUUCCUUACUAUUUAUAAUGGACACCAAUAUUCAGAAUAUAUGUGGAAUAAUACAGGAAUUUAUUACAAAAUAAAAAGUAUCACCUCACUUAAAGUGUUGUCAAUUUUAUAUCUUUUUGCAGCAAUAUUUUCUAUAUUUCCUAUUUUAUUUAACUCACUCAAUCAGAGCUUAUACAAAGUGACUAUCUUAUCUAUAAUUUUAGUAGCCCAUAUUAUACCUUCAACUCUUUUUUAUUUCGCUUAUAUACGUGGCGAAGAUUGCAAAUUAGAACCUAUAUCUAUACUUAUAUAA